AUGCCGGCCCUGAGGCCUCUCCUGCUGCUGCUCCUCAUGGUUGGGCUGACCUUGGGGGCCAGCCUGCCGCCGGGGCCCAGGAGCCACCCAGGCAUGUGCCCCAACCAGCUCAGCCCCAAUCUGUGGGUGGACGCCCAGAGCACCUGUGAGCGAGAGUGCGCCGGGGACCAGGACUGCACUGCUGCUGAGAAGUGCUGCACCAACGUGUGCGGGCUGCAGAGCUGCGUGGCGGCCCGCUUCCCCGAUGGCAGCCUAGCCACACCCGCCCCAGCGGCUUCGUGCGAGGGCUUCGUGUGCCCACAGCAGGGCUCUGACUGCGACAUCUGGGAAGGGCAGCCUGUGUGCCGCUGCCGUGACCGCUGCGAGAAGGAGCCCAGCUUCACCUGCGCCUCUGACGGCCUCACCUACUACAACCGCUGCUACAUGGAUGCCGAGGCUUGCCUGCGUGGCCUCCGCCUGCACGUCGUGCCCUGCAAGCACGUCCUCAGCUGGCCACCCAGCAGCCCAGGGCCACCCGAGACCACCGCCCGCCCGACGCCCGGGGACGCCCCUGUGCCGCCCGCCCUCUACAGCAGCCCCUCCCCGCAGGCGGUGUAUGUUGGGGGCACGGCCAGCCUCCACUGCGAUGUCAGCGGCCGGCCACCGCCCGUGGUGACCUGGGAGAAGCAGAGUGACCAGCGGGAGAACCUGAUCAUGCGGCCAGACCAAAUGUACGGCAAUGUGGUGGUCACCAGCAUCGGGCAGCUGGUGCUCUACAACGCCCGGCCCGAAGAUGCCGGCCUCUACACCUGCACCGCGCGCAAUGCCGCCGGCCUGCUGCGGGCUGACUUCCCGCUCUCUGUGAUCCAGCGGGAGCUGGCCAGGGACAGGGCCCCCAGUGCCCCUGCCCCGGCGGAGUGCCUGCCCGAGGCGCAGGCCUGUGCCGGCCCCCCCUCCAGCCGUGUCCUCUGGCACUUUGACCCCCAGCGGGGCAGCUGCAUGACCUUCCCAGUUGGCAGCUGUGAUGGGGGCGCCCGGGGCUUCGAGACCUAUGAGGCAUGCCAGCAGGCCUGCGCCCGGGGCCCUGGGGACGCCUGCGUGCUGCCAGCCGUGCAGGGCCCCUGCCAGGGCUGGGAGCCACGCUGGGCUUACAGCCCACUGCUGCAGCAGUGCCACCCCUUCGAGUACGGCGGCUGCGAGGGCAACGGCAACAGCUUUGAGAGCCGCGAGAGCUGUGAGGAGGCCUGCCCAGUGCCCCGCACCCCGCCCUGCCCGGCCUGCCGCCUCCGGAGCAAGCUGGCGCUGAGCCUGUGCCGCAGCGACUUCGCCAUCGUGGGCCGGCUCACCGAGGUGCUGGAGGAGCCCGAGGCGGGCAGCGGUGGCAUCGCCCGUGUGGCCCUGGACGACGUGCUCAAGGACGACAAGAUGGGCCUCAAGUUCUUGGGCACCAAGUACCUGGAGGUGACGCUGAGCGGCAUGGACUGGGCCUGCCCCUGCCCCAACGUGACGGCCGGUGACGGCCCGCUGGUCAUCAUGGGGGAGGUGCGAGACGGUGUGGCCGUGCUGGACGCCGGCAGCUACGUCCGCGCUGCCAGCGAGAAGCGUGUCAAGAAGAUCUUGGAGCUGCUCGAGAAGAAGGCCUGCGAGCUGCUCAACCGCUUCCAGGACUAGCCCCACCCUGCCCUGGACUCUGCCCCCACUGCCCUCCUGUCCUUGAAUACAAGCGUGUCCCUGGACCUUGGGGACUGCUGGUGCUGGGCCUCCUGGGGGCCCUGACCCCCACAGGUGCCCCCACGUGGAGCCUUGACCCUUCCCCCCACCCAGCCUUGUCUCCAGCUGGGAUUCCGCCACCACAGUGGGUCUUUGGCUCCAGUCUCAGGUCACCAAGGAGCACCAUUUCCCUCCUGGGGAGCUUUCUGGGUCCCUGUAGGAACAUAAGCCAGGACCAGCCCGAGGUGGGUGCCACCUCUUGUGGCAAGAGGCCAGGUAGCCGGCUCAGUGCUGCCUCAGCAGUCCCUGGAUCCUCCCUCCCUACUCCACUGCCUGAGAGGAGCAGCAGGGUCCAGGACACCCCCAAGCCCUGAGCCCACAGGCCAG